GACACCUGGUAGCCAUUUGUUGUGUUUUGGUUGGGCUGUCAGUGUGGCAGGUAGACAUUGACAGGAGGUUUCCAGAACAAGUUGGCAUGUGUGAGGCAUUCCAAAAUUCCGUCCUUCAGAUGUGCGUUGAUAAAAACAAUAUGGCAAUAAAAAGUGCGCGCACCGUGCAAAAAGUUUGAAAAAUUUCCCAACGCACGCCAUUGAUACGCGAUAUAAUUAUCUCGAUUAUUUCUCCAUCAAUUAAUUAAAUAUCAUGACUAAUUCCCUGUUUAAUUCAACUAUAUAAAUUUCCAAAGUGAGAUUUUCUCGGUGCUGAUAACGGUCCGAGGAUAAUCAGACUUGAAUGAGUGGAUGAAUGUCCGACUGGCCGCGAUCAAUGGACUUUCUACUGUAAAGUUGGGCAAUAUCUCCAGUAUAACAUGCGCAGACCUGAUCUCGGGUUCAUUCGGAUCACCCGGUGGACGAUUCUCGUGCCUCUAAUCAUCUACGUGUGCUUUCUCUUCAUAAAAUACAACAACACGAUGAGACUGAAGAGUCCGGUGAGGGAAAAAAUUCAGGAUCUCGUGGCAGAGGUGGAUUCAGCGGUGAAAUCAAGGAGUGAGGAUUCGUCACGCAGAAAUGGUGACGCCAAUGCCCAGAUCAUCCGGGAGAUCGAGGAGAGGGAGAACAGGGAAAAUCCCCGGCUCCUCCUCGAGGAUGUUUUCAGAAGAGCCGACACCGAUGAGAAUCUUGAAUUGAGUAUUCAGGAGUUGUCCAAGUGGAUUCAUGCCAAGAUCAUUGACCACAUAAAUCGGGCAAUGCGGGAUAAUGUUGGAUUGUUCACUGCCAUCGACAGUCAGCCCAGAAAUGGUGAAGUCUCGUGGGAGGAAUAUCACGCCUACUUCCUUCGAUCCCACGGAUUUUCCGAAAAGUAUAUCGUAUCCCAUGACAAGAAACAUUCGCAACUACCUAGAUCUAUGAAAGAAAGUAUUAUGAGGGACAGAGCAAGGUGGAUUGAAGCAGCGAGAAAUGAUCCUGAAAAAUUAGCACUCGACGAAUUUCUCGCAUUCACUCACCCUGAGAGCAGUCAUCGUGCUCUACUGCAGAUGGUUGAGGAUUUGUUUGAGAAGUUUGAUCGGGAUGGUGACGAGCAACUGACGGAGAACGAAUUCGCUGAUUUACCGUCGGACGGAAUGGGAUUAGACUUUCAUGAGGAGCAAAAUCCCAAGCCUGUGGGUGGAAGUGAGGACAGGAGACAGGAAUUUCGGCAUCUCAUUGAUAAAAACAGAGAUGGAAAGGCUGACAGGACUGAGCUAUUGAUGUACAUCGAUCCGAGGAAUCCAAGACACGCCAUUCAAGAGGCGCAACAUUUAAUCGAGGUAUCGGAUAUAAAUCACGACAAGACCCUGAGUUUGUCUGAGGUGCUGAGUAAAAUGGAUCUGUUCCUCGACAGUAAAAUGAUUGACACUGAAAAGAGUUUUCACGAUGAAUUCCGAUGAGACGUCAUCAAAUAGAACAAGUAACACUGCAAUCUCAAUUUUUUUUUGUGGAUUUUCCGUGAAAUAGGAAAAUGUCUGUGAUAGUUUCUACUCGACUCAACUAGAUGAUUGAUUUGCCUUUGAAACGAAUGUAUUAAUGUUAAUCGAUGGUAAAAACUGUAUCUACAUCUGCCCAUUGAUGAAUGCUCCUACUCAACAGUAGACCAUCGAAAGGGAUUGAUUGACAACGCAAUAAAUGUUUACAUAC